AUGAAAACUUUCACAUUACAAUUAUCCAUUUCUAAUAUGGUACCAGAGCCUGGUUCAGAUCUAAACCACAGUUCUCCUUCAUCUUCCUCAGUGGCUUCUCUCUCCUCCUUCCAUUUCUUCACACUACAUCAACAAUCAUCAAUGGCAGACUCUGGUGAUAAAGACACCAAAGGAGAAGGAACUACUUCUGGAACUCAAGCAACAACAAUGAUAUCUACUGCAACUCAGCCAUCUGCAUUCACUCAAAAGGGCAAGUGUCAAGUUCAUGUAGGAAAUGGUCAAAGCUUACAUAUUAAAACAAUUGGGGUUCUAAGGAAGUACUUCUUGAAUAGUUUCUUGAAUCUAAUGGACUCUAUUACUUCCCUAAUCUCACAAUGUUCAAAGCUAGAUAGUCCUGCUAUAAGUACACUACAAAUAUUGCCUCAAUCAUCCUCUAACCUACUCCCUACCCCACCUGAUAGUGGCAACACAUUAUCUACUAUGUCUCUAUCAAACUCUCAAGUUGUACCCUCUAUUCGUGAACCUUUGUCACCACAACCACAAAACUUAGGGAACACUAAUGACCAGUAUACCCCCUCAAUAUCUCCACCACCCGACUUUGCUAAUACAUCUGAAAACUACUAUGACAACCUACCUAUUACAACUAUUGAUACAUCCCUAUCUAAUUUUAUACAUAGUUUGCACCCAAGCAAUCCUCCUCCGUAA